AUGAUAAACCACACCGAAAGCAUCUCAUAUGAAGCAAAGACUGUGGCUCAAAAGAACGAGGAUAGAGAGGAGGUUGCCGGAGCUCCGGGAUCCAUGGCAUCAGAAGAACGCCCUGCGAAGGUCAAUGAGAGGCAUGUCAUUCUGAAUGCACCAGAAGCGGAUGCCACUGAGAAUAUACCUGAAGAGAACGACCAAUUCUCUGGAGCCGAUUCGGAUUCAGAAACGUAUGACGACUCGGACUCAAAUGAUGUCGCAAAUUUGAACCCGGAAUCCGAUUCAGAGUUGGAUUCAGAUUCUGAUACGGAAUCAGAUAGGGAGAUACUGCGAUAUUUGGAUAAACUAAAUGGCUACCGAAGAUGGAAAGGUGCCAGUGGCACACAUAAUGACCUUCGGGAUAGCCUUAUAGGACCUGAUGAUAUUCAAGUCACAUUUGACGAUGUUCACAUUACUCCGGAUGCCAUCGAAGCCCUGGACCCAAUUCUGCUACAAUUAGAAAUGCCUGAUCAGUUCAAGUUCGGCUCUCUCGCUCAGCAUCCCUCCACCGGAAUUCUCCUCUAUGGACCGCCAGGCACUGGCAAGACCCAGCUUGUCCGGGCGUUUGGUAAAACGGCGAAUGCAACAGUGCUAUCAUUGACUGGGGCCGAUUUCCGACACAACCAUGUUGGCGAGAGCGAGAAGAGAAUUAAACAGAUAUUUUCUUAUGCUCGCGAUCAUAAGGGUUCAUUCGUCAUCUUCAUUGAUGAAGCCGACUCCGUUUUCCGAAGUCGAUCCUUAGACGGCAACUCGGCUUCCUAUGCGGCUGAUAUCAGCCAAUUCCUGGCCGAAAUGGAUGGUAUAAACUCAACUGGCCUUCGAAACGUGAUAGUGAUUGCUGCCUCGAACCGACCCUUUGACAUUGACGAGGGAAUUUUGCGUCGGCUGAACCGCCGUAUUCUAGUCGAUGUGCCAACCAAGGAUGAUAGGGAGGCGAUUCUGAGAAUCCAUCUCAAGAAUGAAGAGCUCGCGGACGAUGUCAAUCUCAGUGAGCUGGCCAGGCUAACAGGUGAUUACACCGGCUCCGACCUGAGGGACUUGGUUUACGAGGCGGCGCUUGUCGCUCUGCGCGAAAUCAGAUUUCAUUCGAUGAACGGCAACCCCAAGUUGGCGAGACCGGUCAAAAUCGAGGGGCAGCGGCGUCUUCUACAGUGGAAGCAUUUUCGAGCUGCUAGGAAGCAAAUCCGGCCUUCUCCAAAGUCUGACACGGCGGAGAAGGUAAGAGAAUUUCACAAUAGGUUCGGCAAUAUGUCUCAGAAGCCAGCGGCCUCUUCCCUGAAGCAUAACAUCGUGAACAACAACAGGGGAGAAGCAAUUCAAAACCAUCACUGA